AUGCAUUCUCGCUUUUCAACUAACCGUUUUAUAAUUCCAAAUGAGAAGGAAAAAUUGUUGACAUACUGUCGUCAACAUUAUGCUUCAAAUUCAACUCAAUUGAAACAUAUUGAUGAAUUUGAAAGAAUGUAUGAAUCUAAAAAUGCACUUCGUUGGUAUUCAAAGGACUGUUUCUUAUUCUCUUCUUUAAAUAAAUGCUUGCGAAAGCAAUCUGGUAAUGUCUAUGAUUGUGAUAUGGUUUAUUUUACUAUCGAUAUUUCGAUAGAAAUUCAACUGGAAUGGAAAAAACAGAGAGAAGAGAAAAAUGCUAAAUUGGAUUUAAUUCAUGUUUACCGUGACUUGAAUCUACCAGAAACCGAAGUCAUUCGAAUUCAGAACUAUAGUGGUAAAUCGAUAACUGCAAAGGAUUUUCUAUCAACAAAAAAAUCCCUUCUUAUUGCUCGAAUGUUCACAGCCAAUGUCGUGUUCGAUAUCGAAAUUGAUCCCAAAGUGGAGAAUAUCAUCUAUGUUCAUAUCUCAAUUUACAGUCACAUUCCUGAUGAAGAAGAAAUUCUGAUUGAUUUUGUCACUAGUUUUCGAGUAAUUGAUACCAUACUUGAUGAGGAUAAUACAUGGACAGUACAUUUUAGUGAAUGUAAAUGA